AUGACAAGUAUAGACGCAUUUUCGGAUCUUGAGCACCAAAUGGAGGGGUUCCAACAGGACGUGGCCCAGGUAUUGACACGUCAACAAGACCACGCCCGUCAGCAGCUGGCACAAUUCCAAGCCGAGAUGCGUCAGUUACACAACCAACAUCGGCACCUUAUAGAUGAACUGCAACGACUCAGUACUCAGCGCACCGCUCUGCAACAGCAGAUUCACGCGGCCCAACAAGCUACCAACACUACAAGAGAGCAGUGGAGAAAUUAUCAUGAGCGUGAAUGUGAGUUAUCCAGACGACAAUCGACUUUAGCAGCUCAAUCGCGCGAGCUGGACUCGCUGCUGCAACAGCGUGGUGAAGAGUGUGCUCAAUUGCGUGCUCGUUGGGCUGCACAGUCGGGUAACGAUGCUAUAGAAGUCGCACUGUACGAACGGCUGUUGCAACUGCGGGUAGUACCUGGGGCCAGUGACGUGCGUGACGUGCGCUUCGUUUUUGGUGACGAUUCACGCUCCUGGAUUGAGGUCGCGAUGCACGGCGAUCACGUGCUAGGAGCCUCUCACCCGGAGCUGGAUGCCGGGGGCCGGGAAACACUUGAGCACGUGCUUUCCGUCGAUGGCGAUCUUGCGACAUUUCUCGUCGUGGCGCGUGAUAUGCUUGUAGCAUCUUUAUAA